AUGUUCUACCCACGACGUGUGGUCCCCUGGAAACCUGCUCCACCUCGUCACCCCAGUCGCUUUCCAGCUCCACAAGAGAUCAUUUCUGAGGACCGAAGCCUCUCGUCAUCGGAGCGACUGUCCCUACAGAUCGCCCAGUCGUUGACUAUCGCAGCCAACUUUGAAGAUAUCUUCAGCCUCGAUCAAUUGGCUGCAAGAGAUCUCGUCGAAGUAGACGCCUUCUUCGUCACCCUUCUACAGAAUCGUUCGUGGUUGGACUGUUGA